CGACCUAACAGCAGAUUGACGCUUGUGUUAUGUUAUCAUCACUUGUUUUACUCAUUUUAACAAAACCUCGAUUCUUUCAAUCUUAACGUGCAUAUCUUUAGUCGAGAUGCCGGUAUACGUCAGGAAGAAUUUGUUGUCCAUAACACCACCAUCGUUAAGUGAACUGUUGAGCGAUGAUGACGAUUUUCUGACGGACCCAGAACAGUUACACGAUCAACUCCCUCAACCAUUUCGGCUUGUUGACAAAAUUCUCAGUCGACUUACUGAUGAUGUUUGGGAAAUACUCAGUGAUAGGGAAGCCGCACGAGUUGCAGAAAAAUCCCGCAUUCGGCCACCACAAUAUGAAUGUGCAGUGCAAAUGCAGGAUUUUGGUAAAGCAACUUGCCUAGCUGACAGCAUAGAUGGUCGCUACAUAUUUAUUGGCCUACCUAAUGGCCUAGCCGUUAUAGAUGCAGCAAGUCAGAGUAAAGUAGCACACUGGCAAGAUGACAAUGUUGAAAUAACCAGUAUGAAUGUUUGCUUAAUGUCUGUCCAGAUGUAUCUAAUAGCAACUAUAGACGAUAUGGGCGCAUGUAGAUUAUUCUGUUGUGCUUAUGAAGGCUUACAUCUAUUGAAGGUGUUGACAGAAACAGAAAGUGCAACUAAAGCACUAGCAUCAAAUUGUCAGUUAUCCAGUGAUGGAGACUACAUAGCCAUAACUCUUGAAAAUGGGUCAGACUGUUGGGUUGAGAUUUUUAGACUACCACGUGAUAACUGGAUAAGGGAGUUUGAAGCAGCACAUGCUACGUUAUUAAAACAACAACAUCCACCAAAACCACCAUCACCAGUUGAAAAAGAGAAGGAAACUGAAACUGACAUGGACACAAGUCACCCCUCUGAUGGAGCUUCAAAUUUAGAUGCUGCUGCUGGCAACCAGAGUCAGCCUCAAUCACCAAGAAAUACUUCACCAGUGCCUGCAGUGACAUCAACCACAACACAGAGUAUAUCAACACAACAAAUCAAUGUAGCUAACCUAUCAAAGCCAACACUUAUACUCAGAAUUAAGCCUCCUGCACCAUUAGUCGGGAACCCAGCGACUUCUGCACACAGUGCUUUCAAGACUAUUGAUGAUGGUUCUGUGAUUGGCUCAGGAAGUAAUCAUGCCAUCCUGACUCAGCAUUUAGAAUUACGAAAAGCUACUUUUAAUUUACACCAUGAAAAAGAUCUGCAAUACUGCAAAGAAGAUGAAACAGAUGGCUUACCAAGGCAACAUCCGAAUGUUGUGUUUUUGAAUGCUGGUCGAUUGUUACCUGCUGGUUUGGAGUCUGCAGCAACUGCUGGCAGACCAAACAGUGUAGCUGCUUACUGGAGUGGUUCAUCUAAUAUAUAUCACUAUAAUCUACUCAAAACAGCUAAAGAUAUUGAGCAUAAACCUGACAUGCUAUGGCCUAAUGCAAGUGUUCCUAUAACAUGUCAGACUAUCAGCUCUGAAAGCAGUGUGAAUCAUCUACAAUUUGUGAACCCAAGUAUCCUACCACAGUCACUUGAUGACUAUCCACCAUAUCCAACACCAAGAGCCUCAGCAGUCUUAGUGGGUUGUAUGGAUGGUACUUUGAGAGUCGUACCGUGUGGUAGAGGAUCCGAUGAUCUCAGUAUCAUCACAUUGUCUGCAAAAAGAGCAGUAAAGGAAGAGUUGUUUACUCUGAUAGAAUCAUUACCAGCUAUUCCACAAAUUGUGGUGACUGUGCAGCAAAAUGGGGAUGUCAUUUUGUAUGACAUUACAAAAGGUCAAUCACUGUGUCAAGUGACUUUACCAGUCACUCACAAGGUUACAUCACCCUGGGCCCCGGUAAUUGGUAUAGGAGCUGAUGGACAAAUGUUAUAUGUAAAAGGAACUCAGUUAGAUCCCAAUGAAGACUAUGUACCCAACAGUGGUAUGACAUCAUUAUUUGUGUUCCAGCUGCGUUCCUUCCCUUCCUUGGACAAGUGCUGGAAAAGAUUAUGCGAGCCGCAGCCUCAUGUUGUACAUGUCACAGUUGAUAAACGUGUGGAAGAUCUCCUCACUGAGAGAUUGUCGCAACAAAGCCUCAGACAGGUGAGAAUGCAGGAACGUUGGUACAAACUGAGAUCAGAAGUUGAUAAUAUCCAGAAAUAUCGCAAUGCCAAGGUUGUAACUGGUGAUAAACGAACAGUUUAAAUCAUAAAAAAAUACUUCUUAACCAACCAUGCAACUUGUAAGUCAGAAUUUGUACGGGGAAUCACAAGACAUUUAUCCAGAUUGAUGGAGUUCUCUGUCACAAGACAAUUACACAAAUUUAAAGUUCUUCAAAAGCUGCGAUCUGUAGUGAGGAUCGUCUGUACAUACAUGAACAUGUUUUUCUAUUGUAGAUAUUUUGUGUAAAUGAUUGCAAUAAAUAUAUACGAAAGUCUUUUCAUAAAAGUGACU